UUGUAGAAAAGCAUUUCCGGAGUAAACAAAUUACGCUAACUGGAGGAGAACUAUUACUGAGGCCAUUUACGAUGCAGUUAGUUUGUUUUUGAUCGAUACAGGAACAUUUGAUCCGAUGUAUCGAUCGAACCCUGGAUACUGGUAUUCCAUACAUAUCGAGAACCGUUCUGGAUGUCACUAGAGAAUCGACAAAGACAGAAAUCACAAAAGCUUACAGGAAGCUGGCAAGAAAAUGGCAUCCAGAUAUGCACAGAACAGAGGAGAAGAAAGAAUCAGCGGCACAGAUGUUUCAGAAGAUUGCAAAUGCAUAUGAGAUACUUAAAGAAGAAGAUUCCAGGAAUGAUUAUGAUUACAUGUUAGAUCAUCCAGAUGAGUUCUACUACAACUACUAUAGAUAUUACAGAACAAGAACAGCACCUAAAGUUGAUGUGAGAAUUGUCAUAGCUGUAACCAUAACAGUCAUAUCUAUUGUACAGUAUUAUGGAGCAUGGUCCAAUUACAAGGAAGCAAUUAACUAUCUAUGCAAGGAACAGAAGUACCGGUACAAGGCCCAGGUUAUAGCCAAGGAGGAAGGUCUACUACCAGUAUCCAAGAGGAAAGAAUCAGGAAGGAAAUCAAAGGAAGAAAUGAAGCAAGAGGAAGAAGCCAUCAUUAAACAAAUUAUUGAAGAUAACAUGGAUAUAAGGGGAGGUUACAGGAAGCCGUCGUAUACUGAUGUAUUAUGGGUACAGCUUGUUUUCAGUCCGUACUAUCUCUUCUUAUAUAUGAAAUGGUAUCUAAGAUGGAUCUGGAGGUUUAAGAUAAAGGGCGAGGAGUAUGGUGAUGAAGAGAAACUCUACCUUAUACGAAAAUAUCUUAAACUUAAUUCUAGCCAAUUUGAUGCUUUAGAAGAACAUGAAAAGGAUAAGUAUUUACACAAAGAACUGUGGAUACGAGAAAAGUUUGAUGAAUGGAAGAAAGAACAAGAUGAAGAAAUGAAGAGCAAAUUAGCAGAGAGCGCCCGAUACAAAAGUUACAGACGUUAUAUGAAGAAAGGUGGGGCCGGACAGAUGACAUUCGGACCAGAAUAAUGCUACUUCAUUAUAGUGCUAUCGUUUUAAUGUGUUCAAGUUAAUAGUUCUAGUAUCUUUUAAUAAAUUGAAACAGUAUCUUGGUAGAAAGGUUUUAGAAAGAAAAUAAACACUGCUGAUAUCACAGGAUGAAGGAAAUGUUUUUCAUUUCCACACAGAGACUGCUGACAUGGGUGGGGCAGUGUUAGAGGAAUACUAUAGGUAAUGUAUUUCUCUAAGAGGUGGAGGUCAACAGGAUAUAUUCAGAUCUGAGGAUGCAGAAAAAAGAUUGUGUUUUUGCCAAAUGUAUUUAAGUAUUUUUCAGUUGUAAUAAAUACUAAUGCAGUUGAAAUAUGUUUCUGGAACUUGGGAGAAAUCUGCAGAGCAAGAGACAAACAUGAAAAGUGGACUUACACUUGAAUCUUGUCUUCUGUAGAAAAUGAAAAGCAUUUCAUUUGCAUAUUAAUAGAACUUAACCAGGUGGUCUCAUUGCCAUUGGCAACAAGUGUUUAUAAUACAUUUUUCAUUACAUUUGAUUUAUUUGCCAUAUUUAAUAAAACAGCUUUCAUAAUACGUUUUCCUUUUGAAGCUUUGCCAAAAACUAUGUUGAAAAAAAAAAUACAGUCGAACCUCGUUUGCUUGAACUCAGAUAAUUUGAACACCAUCCUUCGCUCAAACUCGUCCUCCAUCCCAGCAAAAUCCUUAUGUAAUGUAUAUUGUUUGACCCCCGAAAAUGUAAACACCGAUAAUUUGAACUCUUGAACUUAACCAAUGGUCCAGACAGACUUUUGAUAGUGCAUUUCACAUCCUUUGAACAGACAUUACAAUAUGUUUGCCAAAUAUUUGCAUCAGUAGACUCAAGACAGGAAAUUGAUUGAGAGGCGCUUGUUGGUACAUAUAUUUACGUCUUGUGAGAUACUCAGUUACAGAUAGCAUUGUUUGCACUUGUUAUCUAAUCUUCUGUUUGCAAUAAUGAUUUGAUUCUUGUUAACUGCAGGGAUGAUAAUUUUUGUUUACAGCAAAUGAAAUUUGAAUUUAUACAAUUUUAAAAAAAACCUUUGCAAAAAUUAAAGGCUAUAUUGUCAGUUAUUACCAGUAAAACUUAGCAGGUAAACAAACUAGUGACUUUUAUAUGAAUGCCUGAGCAACAUUGUAUAAUGUGAUAAUGUUAAGCGCUUACGGAAGGUAAGGUCAGUGGUUCUAUCCAGGUGCCCUCUCGUGAUAAAAUGAUACACGGAGGGGCACCUGGGGUCUUCCUCCACCAUCAAAGCUGGAAGGUCGACAUAUGACCUAUAAUUAUGUUGGUGUGAUGUUAAACCCAACAAAAAAAAUAAUGUAAAGAUGAACAAAUCUAUCAGUAAAAUUAAAGUAUUUCAUUUAUAUCGAUUUCUAAUGAUUUAUGUGCAAAAGUAAAUUGUUUAGUGAUAAUUGUAAUUGUGUUGUAUGCAGAUAUACUUUGUAAGAAAUAAAGUAGCUGUUAUUGUACUUGAAACACAUGUACCACUAAUGUUUCCAUUUAAAGCAUGAUACAUCGUAUACGGUAUACAUGUGUCAGUAGUCGAGUAACCAGAUACACAAUGUGGUGUAAUGACCUAAAACUUUGAUGACUCUAUUUAAUGAUAACUCCAACAAAUUUUGAUCGUCCCAUCGAGUUCCAGCAAACAAAGUUUGACUGUAUAAUAAUUAAGUGAAAAUUUAAGAAACGGUAAACUUCAAGGAUGUUCAAAGUGAUACAUAUUUAAACAGGGUCUUUGAACUAAUUUCUCAAUUACAUUAUUAGCUCAGAAUUUCUGUAUAUGUUAGAGCCAGGCAGUAAUACAUGAAUUGCUUUAGGAGACAAUGUCAGCACAUGCCAUUUUAUACUUGGUACAUGGACAAGAUGAUCAGUAUUGGUAGUAAGUGGAAAGGGACUUUUGCACAGAUUCUUUUGAGAAUAAGUUAGGGUUACCAGUUUUUAGCUCGACUAUUCGAAGAAUAGUCUAGCUAUUCUACUCACCCUGGCGUCGGCGUCGGCGUCACACCUUGGUUAAGUUUUUGCAUGCAAGUACAUACAGCCAUCAAUUAAAGGCAUAUAGCUUUGAAGCUUAUUUUUUCUUUUUCUAGGUCAAUUACCAACCUCUCUGGGUCAAGUCCCAUAACUCUGACAUGUAUUUUAAGCAAAUUAUGCCCCCUUUUGGACUUUGAAAAUUUUGGUUAAAGUUUUACAUGCAAGUUACUAUCUCCAAAACUAAUGCAGAUAUUGAUUUGAAACUUAACAUGUGUCUUCGGGGUUAUAAAACUAGUUGAUAGCAGCAAGUCCCAUAACUCUGACUUUCAUUUUGGCCAAAUUAUGCCCCCUUUUGGACUUAGAAAAUUCUGGUUAAAGUUUUGCGUGCAAGUACAUACAGCUAUUUCUAGAAGGCAUUAUAGAUUUGAAACUUAUUUUUUCUUUUUCUAGAUCAAUUACCAACCUCACUGGGUCAAGACCCAUAACUCUGACAUGUAUUUUGAGCAGAUUAUGCCCCCUUUUAGACUUAGAAAAUUUUGGUUAAAGUUUUACAUACAAGUUACUAUCUCCAAAACUAAUGCAGAUAUUGAUUUGAAAAUUCACAUGUGUCUUCGGGGUUAUAAAACUAGUUGAUAGCAGCAAGUCCCAUAACGCUGACCUUUAUUUUGGCCAAAUUAUGCCCCCUUUUGGACUUAGAAAAUUCUGGUUAAAGUUUUGCGUGCAAGUACAUACAGCUAUUUCUAAAAGGCAUAUAGAUUUGAAACUUGUUUUUACUUUUUCUAGAUCAAUUACCAACCUCAUUGGGUCAAGUCCCAUAACUCUAACAUGUUUUUUGAGCAAAUUAUGCCCCCUUUUAGACUUAGAAAAUUUUGGUUAAAGUUUUACAUGCAAGUUAUUAUCUCCAAAACUAAUGCAGAUAUUGAAUUGAAACUUCACAUGUGCCUUCGGGGUUAUAAAACUAGUUUAUAGCAGCAAGUCCCAUAACCGAUAUACAUUUUGGUCAAAUUAUUCCUCCUUUUGAACUUAAAACUCUUUGAUAUUUAACCUUUUUGGGUAAUAUUUUCCUGCUUCUGGGACAAUAUUUCGAAUAGUCGAGCUUGGCUGUCUUACGGACAGCUCUUGUUUUUCCAAGGAGCUUAAGUAUUUUGCAUAUCAGAAUGAAUCUCGUCAUGUUUAGUUUUGACAGUUUGUAAGAUGGCAUAUAUGCAAAGUUUUAGAAGCAUGUUUGUAACUGUUUUUUCUGUACCAAACAAGAUAAUCUUAUACAUGGAACCGCUUUAAAUACACAACACUUUUUGAUGAUUAGCUAAAAUCAUUGUGACUGUUUGGAGCAACAUUUUUGAUAAUAAAAUAAACAUGAACCUAUUAAGUAUCAUUUCUGAUGUUUAAUUUUAAAAUCAGUCAAGUGUGAAAAAGGAGUGAAUAAUUUAGGGUUUAUUUCACAAUGUCCAGUGAGCUAUAACUUUGUGAAUGAGGUCAUUCAUGAGGAAAAUUCAUUCUCUAUUAGCUGUUGGCCCUAAAAAACAUUUUGUCUUUUAAAAGAUGUGUAACAGGCAAUGUCGACUUUUUCCUAUCAACAAAGGGGGUAAUUUUAUGACAAAUGGAAAUUUCUAAGUACUAUGUUCUUAAAGGUUUGAAUUAAAUACAUCUUCUGAAGUUUCUUGUGAAAUGAAGUUUUGGUAAAAUUAAGUCUCCCACCACACAGUGGUGUGGGAGACAUUGAUUUACUCCUGUCUGUGUGUCUGUCACAAAUCUUGUCCGCACUCUAAGUCAAACAUUUCUCAUCCGAUCUUCACCAAACUUGAACAAAAUGUGUUUGACCAUGAAUCCUCGGCCAAAUUCGAUAACUAGCCAAAUCGGCCCACUUCCGAAUUAUGGCCCUUGAACAUAAAUACCAACACUACUGAUACAGGUAUUCAGAUGAUUAGACAGGUGUGGGAGACAUGCGCUUUUCUCAAAAGCACCUCUAGUAUAUAUUAAGGCUCAUUUUUACAACUGAUAAAGAAACAGGUUGAAGGAGAAAUUUAUACCUGAAACUCACUGUUAAUAAGCAGGAGUAUAGAAUAUUUUAAGCUAAAAAUUUUCCAAGGCCUUUAAAAAUACAAUUAAAAGCAAAUGAAAAAUAUUUGCUGAUUUGAUCAGCAUAUCAGAUAAAAGUUCCUAUUUUAAUGAAUUUUUGUCGUUUUUUGGCUUUCAUUUGGUAUGUGUCAACAAAGCAUACAGAUCUGCAAAAAAGCAUUUCUUCAGUGAAUUUUUUGUCAGUUGUAGUUACAUAUAAUGCAACAUUCUUAGAAAAUGUGAUUGAGAACCUAAACUGAAACCAGAUGUCAUUUAUAGCUUUUUAAAGCGGUCCUGUGUACAGUACUUUAUAUUUGGCACAGUACAUACAAGUCAUAUGAUACCAUUACUUACAUUGUUUUUAUUUUAGUCAAAUAUAAGCUUUAAUGUCCUUUAAAACACAGAAAUAUUUAUACCUGUUUAUGAUUGUGGAAUACAGACUUUAUUUUUUGUCAGUUUAUGUAUAUUUGUGAAAUAUGUUGUAGUUUUUACAAAAUGAUAGUCUUGCUAUUUGAUAAACUAGUUUCUUAUUUCAUAUCUUUAGCUAACCACCUGACAAAUAAUGAGUACUUGGCUAUUUUACCAUAAGCAAGCUCUUUGCAACAUAGUUAAAUUUUACCACUGUCUUGCAUUCUGCAUUACAGUUUACCCUUCAUACAAAUUUUUGAAGCUUAAAGCCAGAUUAAGCUGACAAAGGAAAACAAAAGGCACUAUUCAGGUAAUAACUGUUUUCACAGAGAAUGGCAGAGAUUAAUGUUUUCAGAAAUUUUGAUUGGUUCUGGCUUGAUUUUGUCUAUUGCAAUUGAUUGUUUUGACUUGUUUUUCGUUGCUAUUGUUCCCUGAGAAUGUUUUCUCUAGAUACCCACCUAGUCGAUAGACAUUUUACUGUUCUAAAUUUUAUAAUCUCCCCCACCUUUAAAGAAGAAGGGGUAUAUUGCUAUGCUUUGUUGGUCAGCCUAUCAUUGGGUAUUUCGGUUGGAAGCACAUAAAUUUUGGUUUCUGAUCAUUAACUAGAGAAAGCUUGGAGGUACAAUAGUUAAUCUGACCCCUGUUGUUUUAGGGCCAGUAGGUCGAUGGCUAAGGUCACAGACAUCUACUGAAAAUAGUUCCAGCUCCAUUGAUAACUAAAGAACAAUUUAGCCUGCAGUCGUCCAAGUCAAAAGGAUGAUUGCCUGUGAUCAGUACAUGAACCCUUAUUGUUUUGUGGGUCAGUGUGUCAAAGGUCAAGGUCAUGGUGAACUUGAGACUGAAAAUGUUGUGUGCUCAGCUAGUAAAAAAUGCUGUGGCCAGCAGUCACUUAACUUCAUGGGAUGAGUGCAUGUGAUAAGUAAAUGACCCCAAUAGUUUUUGGAAUAGGUAGGUCAAAGGUUUAGGUCACAGUGACUUUUAUUGAAAACAGUUUCUUCCUAAUAACUAAAGAACUAUAUGGCUUACAGUUUUGGAUGACUGCCUGUGGUCAGAAGAUGACAGUAUUAUUUUUGGUAUCAGUAGGUCAAAGGCCAAGGUCACAUUGACUGCAAGACUGAAAAAGGUGUCUUCACAGUAAUUGAAGAACUCUUUGACUUUCUGCCAUCAAACUUUAAGAAGAUGAUUUCAUGUGGUCAGUAGAUGACCCUUAUUGGUUUUUAGGUCAGUAGGUCCAAGAUCACGGUCACAAUGACUAUCACUGAAAACAUUUUUGGUUCAGUGUAUAGUCCUCAAACUUCAUAGAAUGAUUGCCUGUGGUCAGUAGAUGACCCAUAUUAUGUUAGGGUCAGUAUGUCAAAGGGUAAGGUCAUAGUGAUCUCGGGACUGAAAGUAGGACAGGCCACUAUUAGGUGUAAAUGUGUUUUACAUACAGCCCUUGUUAGCCACAAAAUUUACUGUCUGAACAUAUAUGUAAUAGCAAAUUCAAUAUCUGUAACAAUAAUUGUCUUGGAGAAUUCAAGUGAUAUUGAAGAAUUAUAUAUAAUAAGAACUUUGUAUGCAUUACUGUAUUAUAUGAGAAACUGUAUAUGGGAGUGAGAGUUUUGGUACGUAAUUCGAGUAUUAUUCAUAUUUAUAGAUUAAAAGUGAGAAUUAUAUUCUGGUUUAAAAUACCUCUCUUUGAAGAAGAGUAUGGGGUCGUGGAGUGGGGGUGGAGGUACUGUAUUUCAGCUGUUCAGUCUGUUGACAAUUUAGUUUCUGAUAAAUAAUUCAUGGCAGUUUAACUUUAUGACUGGCUGUAGCUAUUAUUUUUUUCGGGAGUAAGUAUGUCUGUUUGACUGUUAUUGUCAGAUAGAAACUGGUCACUGAUAUAUUUUUAUGCUGCCUAGUACUUUUAGUAUUUCCAACAACUCUUAUCAAAAGUAGCAUACAGUGAAUAUCACCUACAAAAGCAUCAGGUCAGCACACAAUACCUCAAUUUUGUCAUACGUAAAUAUUUGAUCAUUGGAAUGGCAUUACGAACAGUGUAAAAUUCAACAGACCUGUAUCUAUUGUUAUAAAUUAUUGUCACAGAAUUAAAGAUCAUGUUGUUCAUAUUGAAAGAUGUAUGAGCACAACAAUGUCAUAGAUGAUUGCUUGUGUGUUAAACUUUAUAGGAUGAUAUACUGUCAACAGUAGAGAAUUCUGAUAUAGUUCUUUUAUUGUCCUAGGACUCAAGUUAUUUCAUAUUGCAAGUUACAUACCCAGUUACCUGGGGCAGGCCAUCAUGUGGCACACACGUGUUUUACAUACAGCUUUUGUUUUAUGUGUAUAGAUAGGAAGGAUUUGAAUGGUUCUGUGUAUAUUGAUACAAAUUGUUCUGUUUAAAGUUGCAUACAGAAAUUCAAAGACAUAGUGAAAACUAUUUACAAUAUUUACUCAUUUUGUUGAAGAAAUAAUAAAAUGUUAAUUCACAUA